GAGAGUUGACGCUCAGAAUUGUAAUCAAAUUCCAACUCCGAUGCUCUAUCUUUCUUCCCAAACUACUUUACAUGCAAUUCUGAAUGGACCGUCUCGUGAUUCUCUGCUUCCUGCUGUUCAAUUUCACAAUUACAGGUGGUGAUCGUAUUUCUAUCAACUGCGGCGGAGGUGCAGCUGUGAGCGGCCAAAAUUGGGGCGGAGACGCUGCAACGAAAGGCUCAUCAAAGGCAUCCACUCUCGAGGGAGAGCUGAUCACAGCCGUCGAUCCGGUUCCCUACGCCACCGCGCGCAUCUCUCGCUCCCAGUUUUCCUACUCCUUUCACCUCGAUCCAGGUCAGAAAUUUAUCCGUCUUCACUUCAAUCCCGCUCACUACCGUGGCUUCCAUAGCUACACUGAUUUCUUCACCGUUGAAGCUGGUCCUUUCACUCUACUUGCUAAUUUCAGUGCUUCCAUAACUUCUCGUGCUCUUUCUCUCAAUAUCCUUGUUAAGGAAUUCUGCAUAAUGGUACAUCAAAAUCAUCCCCUUAAUAUAGUUUUCUCUCCCGAAGCUAGCCAAUCCAAGUAUAAUUAUGCAUUUAUUAAUGGAAUUGAGAUUAUAUCAGUGCCUUCCACCAUUUCUUACUGUCAUGGUGGAGAUAGUGGAGUUGAUGUGCUUGGAGAAAAGUCUGUCAUCUAUAUUAACAAUGCUACUGCACUUGAGAGGGUUUAUCAUCGAAAUAUGAAGUCGGGGACUGCCUCGUUUGGCCAUGAUAUGUUUGGGAUAUGGGCAUCGAUUCUUCAAGGAAAUGGAAACAAGGGUAGUGAUCUCGUUUGGAGAGUGUCGGUUGAUGUGGGAUUUAGGUAUUUGGUCAGGGUUCAUUUGUCUGAGAUAGGAAUUAAAAUGGACUUUGUGCUUAUGAUUGAAAACAUGGUUGCCUUGACUAGUGUUGAUAUGCUCCAACAAUUGGGGAAUCGAAGUGUUCUUUGGUAUAACUAUAUAGUGAUGGUGCAAGGGAAGAAAAGUGAGUCUAAGCAUGGAAUCUCUAUUUCUCUGCAUUCUCAACAUGAAUUAGUGGAUAGACAAGGCCCAAUUGAAGGAUUUGAAGUCUUCAAGUUAAGCAAUCCUGACCUCAGUCUAGCUAGUCCCAAUCCUCUGCUUACACCAGGAAAUUCACCAUCAAUCUCUAUCACUACUCUACUCAACUCUCUUCUUGGUCGAAAAAAUGCUAUUGCAACUGUGGUCUUUGCUAAGAGUUUUCUGGUAAUCAUCAUUGUCCACCUGCUCCAAAAAAUGUGGGCAACUGAUAUUUUGGAGGAUGAAAACGAACCAUCUCCCGGGGCAAAGCGACUUUGCCGUCGCUUUUCACUAGCUGAGAUUCAAUCAGCAACAGACAACUUCCACAGCAGAAAUUUCAUUGGAAGGGGUGGAUUUGGGAAUGUCCACAAAGGGCUCAUAGAUAAUAGGAGAGAGAUUGUAGCCGUAAAGCGAUCAAAGCAACACUCCGGUAGUGGGGAGCAACAAUUUUGGACAGAGGUUGAAAUGCUUUCUGAACUUCGACAUGUGAAUUUAGUUUCUCUCAUCGGAUACUGCAAUGAGCAAAAGGAAAUGAUUCUUGUUUAUGAGUAUAUGCCCAACGGGACAUUGGCCGACCAUCUAUUCAAACUAGCCAGGUUCAAUGAUUUUUAUCACCUCUCUUGGAAGCGACGACUUCAGAUCUGCAUUGGAGCUGGCCGAGCUCUAGAUUAUCUUCACACAGGCCAUGGGAUCAUACACCGAGAUGUGAAAUCUUCAAACAUUCUGCUUGAUGAGAAGUUUGUUGCUAAAAUAUCAGAUUUUGGCUUAGCUAAGACUGGAUUCGGCAGCGACUCUCGGAUCCAGAAUAGCACACUAGUUAGAGGCACACGAGGAUAUUUGGACCCAAAUUACUGUGUAACUCAUAAACCAACAAAAAAUAGCGACACAUAUUCUUUUGGUGUGGUGUUGUUGGAAGUGUUGUGUGGGAGAAGAGCACUGGAGCGAUGUGAUGAAGAAGAUAAGUGUUGUCUGGCUACAUGGGCUAUAGAUAACAUCAGUAAGGGACAGGUUGAUCAUAUUGUACUUCCAAGCCUAAUAAGGGAAGUAUCACCAGAUAGCCUAAAGACGUUUGUGAAGGUUGCUAAAAGAUGCCUGCAUGAUGAACCAAAAAAACGGCCAGCGAUGGGGCAUGUUGUUAUGAAACUUGAGCUUGCACUUGAGCAGCAGGAGAAGGCAGAAUCUCUUGAUUCAAAAAAUGAGAGGACUGGCAUUGAACAUUUGUUUUCAUCAACUGAUAAAUAUCACGAGGACAAUGUGAAUUUCAUGGCACCAAAUGAGAAAACAAAUAUUGUUGAUGCCGGGCCUCAGAUGGAGAAUGUGACAUCCUCGGCUCCCAAUGCCAUGCCACAUUCAGAUAAUGAUGGAACUAUUUUAUCAAGUAGUCGGAUACCAAUGACGAAUGUGAAAACUGUUACAUUUAUCCCCAAUGAACAAAUUAACAGCACUAUGAUCAAUUCUGGAAGACAAGGAGGAAGAAAAUCCAUGAUGCUUCGGAUAUCAAGAAAACUUUGGCCGUGGGAUGCAUUUUGGAAGACCAAGAAACCCUCAAACAAAAUGAACUUAGCAGGCACCUCAGUAUCAGCACCGAUAUCACGUAGGACCAGCACCAUUACAGUGGAUGGAAAUACUGAGAGAAGUGAUAGGGUGAAUUCAAGUCCAGCAGUGGAGUCAUCAAAUGAAAUAGAAGAGCAUAUGCAGGUUAUGGAUAACAUUAGUAAGGGACAAGUUGGUUAUAUUGUGGCUCCAACUCUGAGAGGGGAAAUCUCACCAGAUAGCCUGAGGAAGUUUGUCAACAGUGCAGAAAGAUGGCUCCAUGAUGAACCAAAAGACCGGCCAACAACCAUACACAUUGUAACCAAAAUUGAGCUUGCACUUCAACAGAAGGAGAUGGCAGACUCUUCGCUACCGAAAGACAAAAUUAGUGUUGAGGGUGGUUCUUCAUUCACUGGUAUAUCUCAGAAGGCGAACAUAAAACUUUUUGGAGCAAAUAAGAAAAUAAAUGUUGCUGAUGAUGCAAGUCCCAGUCCGGCAGGACAGGUGCCUUCAGCUACUGAUAAUACAUCUCAGCAGUUUAACAAGUUUUUUUAUGAGAGAAUGAAUGAUGUGAACCCCAGUCCGGCAGGGCAGGUGCCUUCAUCUACUGAUACAUCUCAUCAGUUUAACGUGUUGUUUUCUAAGAGGAUGCAUGUUGCUGAUGAUGCGAGCCACAAUCCAGCAGGGCAGGUGCCUUCAUCUACUGGUACUUCUCAGAAUGCAAACAUGGAACUGCUUGGACUAAAUAAGAAAGUAAAUGUUGCCAAUGAUGGGAGUUUUAGUGUGAUGGCCCAGCCCAAUUUGAGGGUUUUCAGCUUCACGGAACUCAAAGUCGCAACUCGCAAUUUCAGAGGUGAUUUGGUGCUGGGAGAAGGAGGUUUUGGCAGGGUUUACAAGGGGUGGCUGGGUGACAGAGCCGCUGCCAAAACAACCAUCGUUGCUGUCAAGAAGUUGAAUUCUGAAAGCACGCAAGGGUUUCGAGAGUGGCAGGCUGAGGUGAACUUCCUUGGAAGUCUCUCUCAUCCCAAUCUAGUGAAGCUGUUGGGCUACUGCCAUGAGGAUAAACAACUACUUCUUGUCUAUGAAUACAUAGCCAAAGGCAGCCUGGAAAACCAUCUUUUUAGAAGGGGUGCACAUGAUCAACCGCUUCCAUGGCACAUUAGGCUUAAGAUAUUGACUGGAGUAGCUCGUGGCAUGGCGUACUUGCAUGCAUCAGAAGAAGCAGUUAUCUAUAGGGACUUAAAGACAUCUAACAUAUUGCUUGACGGAUCAUACGAAGCUAAGCUAUCUGACUUUGGGCUAGCGAGGUUGGGUCCAACAAUUGGUUAUUCCCAUGUAACGACACAGGUUAUGGGAACAUAUGGUUAUGCUGCUCCCGAAUAUAUUGCCACAGGGCACUUAUACGCAAAGAGUGAUGUAUAUACGUUUGGUGUAUUGUUACUGGAAAUGAUGACAGGGCUGCGAGCACUCGACAUCAGUCGUCCAUCUGGACAACACAUUCUGGUUGACUGGAUAAAACCAUAUCUAUCCAAGUGGGGUAAUUUAAAAGAAAUUAUUGAUGUCCGUUUAGAGGGACGAUAUCCUAAGAAUUCAUUACUGCAAUUAGCUACGGUUGCCUUUGGUUGCCUUGAAGCAGAUCCCAAAAAAAGACCCUCUAUGGAAGAGAUAGUCCACACACUGGAAAGAAUUGAUUCGGCCAAAGACACACCUACACAAACUAGUAAGAAUCGCUUCUUCUGGUGAGAGAGCUUAUAGUAUAUUAGUAUACUUUUAGUUGGUCGGUGUUGAAACUCGUUAUUGUGACAGUAAUUAAUGUAGAAUACUAGUCGAGAGUUUGAACUUUGAAGCAUAAACUCCACAUAUCUGUUUUUGAAUAAUGUUCCUAUUUUAGCUCUUCCUA